GAAGCGACAUCCGGGUCCCUCCAGUGUUAUGGCGGCCGCGGAGGAGGGUAAAGAUGACGCAGCGAGUGACAACCUUAAACGCGAUAUCCGCAAUGAAAAACGCUUGAGGGAUGACGUGAAGGGAGGACGAGAGGAGUGCAUUCUUACACAGAUCGAGGGCCGAAGUGUCUUAGGAAGAGAUAGAGAGAGCUUUCGGAAUUUUCCCGGAUUUGUGGAUACGUCGUCGCCAGGUUCCUCCGCUUCGCUUGCAGAGAUGGACUCGAAGUUUUCUCCAGACCCUCCCUUAUGCAGUGCAGAGUCCGGCCCACUAGAUACAAGUGAUCACCACCACCACCACCAUUACCACCAUCGCGAUCACCACCACAGAGACCACCAUCACAAUCACCACCACAAGAAGAAAAAGCAUAAAGAGAGAGACAGAGAAAGAUCCCACCAUAAAAAGCAUAGAUACAGAGAAAAGGAAAGAGUUGAGGAUACAUACAUCAGAUGGAGAACAGAAAAUGGUAGCAGUGGCAGUGGCACUCCAGAGCAUGACCCUGUUGAGGAGAGAAGUUAUACCCCACCGGUUCAUCCAGACCUGCGGAUAACAGAGAGGAAGUGUCGGGAGUCAUCAGAAGAUGGUGAUUCAUCAGGAUCUUUAUCUUUCACACCCCCAAGACAACCGACCUCUCCGUAUUCUAGAAACAAUGUCAGAGAGAGGAAUGCGCAUCAGAGUUACACAGAAGAUUCUAGAGUACCUUUGUUACCUCAUAGACUGGGAAAUUCAUCUUCCCCUGCCUCGCCCCAGGAUCCUUCGCCCAUUCCUCCUACCUCGUCAGUUUCGGUGUCACAGAGACCACCUGGCAGCCCACCUAUGUCAAGUUCAAAUUGUAUUCCUCCAAGAUCACCAGGCACCCCUCCCCCUCACAGAUCCCCAGGAACUCCAUCCAGAUCGCCCAGAACAUAUCCAUCCAUACCAUAUUCUUCAUCUAUACAUGCCGAUCCUGCAUCUCCUGCAAGAAGAUGCUCUGACUCUUCACCCCCUCCAGUUUCAAGGCCACAGGAGCUUCCCUUCAAGCCCAGCACCCCUUCACGAUCUGUAUCACCCGAGUCUCCUGCAUCACCAAGAUCCCCAGAGUCCCCGCAAUCUCCAAGAUCUCAAGGAACCCCUCCCCCUCCCCCAAGAUCACCAGAAACCCCACCACCUCCCCCAAGAACACCCCCUCUUCCUCUCUCAGGUCCUGAGAGUCCACCACCACAAGUGUAUAAUGAGACUCCAAUCAGAUUAGAAGAUUGUAAUCUCUUUCAUGGUAGCAUAAAAGAAACUGCUGCAAGCUCUGUUGAGAAUCCUCCACCUCCUCCACCAAUGUCUCCUGGAAGUACUCCUCCUCCCCCACCAAUGUCUCCAGAAACACCUCCUCUUCCUCCUAUGUCUCCAGGAACACCACCUCCUCUUCCUUCAUCACCACAGAGCCCUUCUCAUCAGAAUUCCUAUUGUCUGUCUCCUGUUAGAAGUGACAUGUUGACAUUACCAAGAACGUGUUCACCAACUUUACCAAAUGAAUCUCUAGACACCAGUGACAAUUCUAAAUCUAAUCCUGUGUCCCCUUCUAAGGAAAGGCUCUCUGAAGAUAUCAGAGAAAGAGAUACACCAUCACCGCUACCUGACUGUCCCUUGGAAUGUCCAAAAUCUCCUUCACCACAAUUUGGUUCACCUUCAUCAUCACGUUCUCCAUCACCAGCACCUAUCCCUGCCUUAAGAGCCAGGAGUCCACCAGUACCUGUAGCGUCCCUACCCCAGCCACUAAGAAUAUCAUGUCCUAGUCCUUCCCCAUCCUCGGGGGUACUACAGAAGACUGAGGCUUUAUCCCCAAGAGUGUCAAUUCCUGACAUUCUUUCUCCUACUAAUUCUGUAAAAACAGAUAUAAUGUCCCCACCUCAUCGGAGUCCCAGACAAGGGAUUAUGUCACCCACUCACCUUGGUAGACCCAAGAUUGUGUCACCAUCUUCCUCAUCCUCAUGCCCAAAAUCACCAAAAGUCAGAAGCCCGUCUCGAUCUCGUCCAAGAAGUCCAAUGGAUUUGCCAGUUCCAAGAUGGAAGCCUGAUCCUGUAAUUAGACAAAAAAGGUCAUCUGAGUCUAGAGCAUCCAUUUCCUCAAUCUCUUCCAUAUCAUCUCUAUCAGAAGUGAUUGUCCCUGUAACUCCACGACAAAUCACAAUUCCUCCUUCUGCAGAAAAGUUGCGGAGGUUUAGUGAAGAGGAGUGCCAUGAGCUACGAGAGAGAUCAGCAAGUGGGGAGGGUCAUGAUACUGCUGAGAGUGGUUUUGACGAGGGAAGUGAUUUAUCUCCCGACCAUAAGCCUGAAGUGACUGUAAAAGCAGAGCGUCCUGAUGUAGAUUCACACUCACAGGAAGCUACAGAAAGUGCAGAAACAAAGAAGGAAGAGCCUGAGACUGAAAAAACAUCAGAAAAUGUGCCUAAACCAGAUUUUAAAAGUGAAGUGUUGGAUGAACUGUGUAAGUUUGCAGAAGAGGGCGAUACCACAAUCUACACUGGGCCUCAAGGAAAGCCCAUAAAGGUAGAAGAGGAGCAGGAAGUAAGAGUUGUGAAAGAGGAAGAUCCAAUAUUAUCACCCUCAAAAGGAGAAUCCUAUAUUAAAACUACAACCCUUAGAAAACCUCCAACAUCAUCCAAGAAAACGGAAUCACCAAAGAGCUUAGAUCGAUCAACAACACCAAAGAAGGAAGAACCUGAAUCCUCAGUAAGUUUACCUAGUUUAGGAAGUGUCAAAGAAGAGUCCAGUUGUAUGCCAAAGAAGACAUUAGACUUCAAAGAUAAAGAGGCUAAAGUUGAGAGAAAAUUAUCAACAUCAGGGGAUUCAGUGAAACUUCCAGUAAAUGGGACCAAAGUGACAGAAUUGUUAAAUAAUAAAAGUAAAGUGACAGAAGUUACAGAUCCUAAAAUUUGUGUUGAAAAGCAGUCUGAAUUGGAAAAGCCUAGAGAAAAAUUAGAAAAGUGCUCAGAACAAUUAGAAAAGAGCAAAAGCUGUGAUACCCCACACAGACACAAGUCAACCUCGUCAACUUCAUCAUCAAGUAGUAAGAAGUAUGAAUGUGUCAAAUGCCACAAAAGGAGCAAAAUCAAGAGAUAUAACAUUGGUGUGCAGUGCAGAAGAGACAAAGGUGAUUCAAAGACUUCCUCAACCUCAUCAUCAUCUUACACAUCUUCUUCUACACUCAAGCCUGUUUUCCCCAAAGUUGACUAUGGAUCCAAACAUGUAUCUUUGCCCAGGCCACCAUGCACUGGUCAACCAGGUUUGGAAAAGUACAAAUAUGCCCAAUAUAUGCACAUAGAAACGUAUCCUAAUGGAGAUGCAACAGUGGUUCACAUGUAUCAAGAUGAAAUUGAUAGCCUUACCAAGGAAGAACAGGAAGAGUUAGCAAUAGAGUUCUUAGAGGUAGUAUUUGCUGAAGAUGAUGACGGUUACGCCUAUCAUGUGUGUGGCAUUGUUCACAAUUCAGCAAAAUAUAUGCCAGACCUUCUUGAUUAUAUGGCAGACAAACAUUCAAGUCUCAUAGUGAAGGCUGGUGUCAUAGGCCACAUUGGACGGAACUCUGACCUUGAAACAUACACAAUGGAAAAAUACAAAGAUGAAGUGUACAAAAACUACUGCAAUGGAACCUUCCGUGCUGGUCCUCUACACCAAGUUAGUGUUGUUGGAACAGUACAUGAAGAAGUUGGUGGAUACUUUCCUCAUUUUCUCAGCAUGAUGGAAGAAAAUCCAUUCCUGAGAAGGGCAAUGCCAUGGGGCCCCAUGUCUAUAGUGAAAAUGACAUCCCCACAGCAGAGUAAUGAUGGCCCUAUAUUAUGGAUACGGCCUGGAGAGCAGCUAAUUCCAACAGCAGAGCUUGGCAAAUCACCAGCUAAGAGGAAGAGUAGGGUGGGUAUCAAUGAACUACAGCGCCUUCAGUACCUUCCUCGUGCUACCAAUGCAAGAGAAAUGAUGUUUGAGGACAGAACAAAGGCUCAUGCAGACCAUGUGGGAGCAGGGCUUGACAGAAAAACCACAGGAGCAGUUGGGGUGUUGAAGGCUGUACACUGUGGAACUGAAUACACUCACAAUCGCAUUGUGAAAGAUGUAGUGGCCUUUGAUGCCCACGAUUUCAAUGACAUCGUGGAAAAGUUGCAGCUUGAUCUUCAUGAACCCCCAAUCUCCCAGUGUGUGCAGUGGAUAGAAGAUGCCAAGUUGAACCAGUUGAGGCGGGAGGGGAUCAGAUUUGCCAGAAUCCAGCUGUGUGAUAAUGAUAUUUAUUUCUUGCCGCGCAAUAUCAUCCAUCAGUUCCGCACAGUCACUGCAGUUUGUAGUGUUGCAUGGCAUGUUCAGCUGAAGCAAUAUUAUCAGCCAAAGAGUGCAGAGAAGGAAAAAGAAAAAGAAAAAGAAAAAGAAAAAGACAAAGACAAUAGCAAAGAAAACUCUCCCUCUGUUUCCCCUGUAAAGCAGGAUCCAAUGGAGAAAAAGGAGAAGUCCUCUUCAUCCUCUUCUGUCUCCUCGACUCCCUCAAAGCACCACAAGAGCCACAAACAUGAUAAGAAGGACAAGUGUGAGAAGGAGAGACAUGAAAAGCACAAGCAUAAACACAAAAACAAAGACAGAGAUAAGGAUAAACAUAAAGAAAAGGAUCAUCACAGAGGUGAGAGAAGGAGUGAGCACAAGAGCAAGAAGAGAGAGAGACCAGAGAAGGAAGAUGCAGAAAGAAUCAAAAAGAGGCUGAGACUUGACUCAAACUCCUCCGUAGAUGAGCCAGUGACUGAGGUGAAGGAAGAAAAAGUAGAUCCACUUGAAACAGAGGCAAAGAAAAUCAAACUAGACAAACCAGAACCCAAGCCAGAAGUGAGAGAAGAGCCUAAAAUAGAACCAAAGGUAGAGCUUGAGGCUGCAAGCAUUUGUCCCCAGGAGAGUCCUGUGCCUGAUACCCCAGAAAAAAUGCCUGAGGUAAAGCAGGAUUCCACAGAAAAGGCUAGCAGCAGCAGCCUUGAUCAUAGUCAAAUUAAGAAAGAGAAUGGAACUCUUGAUAAAGCAGUUGGAUCUGCAAAAGUUAAGACCCCAACUGUUCCUGGGGCAGCUGGAAAUCGGCCGAAGAUGCCAAACAAGCCUACCACAGGCUCCCAAGCAUGUGAUCUUCUUGGAUCGAUCAUGGCUGGGAUGUCACAGUCAGGGAUGCACAAAUAAUGUUGAGAGGAAUCCAGUCUCUCUUAUUUUUCCUCUUGUGUUCCUUUAAGAUAGUAGUUAAAAGAGUUGAAGUGAAUACUGACCUUACUAGCAAAUACAUAUGCUUGGAAGAUGAUCACAGUGAGCUCCGAAAAGUAUAUGAUGAUAUGCAUUUAAAUGCCUUAGAUACAAACACCCCUAAGUAUUUUGUGUGACAUCUUGAUACCAUUGUAAAUAUCAAAACCAUCUCAAGAAGAAACACCCAGUUCUUAUGAAAGGAUCAAACCUGGGCUAAGCCACUUGAAAUAAUGCUUAGUCAGGGAAAAAAAGUUUAAAAAAAAUAAAUACAAAAAAAACAUAAAACAAAAAAAUAAAAAUAAAAGCAAAUAUGUUAUAUAAAAAGGGAAAACUCAUGUGUCCUCUAUUGUCAGAGAUGUAUAUUGCUGUAGAUAUCAUGCCAUCUUAUUUAUUCAUAGAUUUUACUAUUGUAGCGGGUAGAGUUCUGUAAUAAUAAGUACCAGAAAGCCUUGUAACUGAUCAUAUUAUGCCAGAUUCACAUUAUUUAUCUCAUCUGUAUAUUUGUUUGAUUUUUGUUAACGUAUGUUAUUUAUUCUGUCUUAAUAUAGAAGGAAAAUUUGAUUUAGUUUUCUAAAUUACAAAUGAAUCCCCCUUUUUGUAACUUGCACACACAAAGAAGUAACAUCAUAGUUAUUAUGAACUGUUGCCUUUUACUGUAAAUUUGUUAUGGUUGAAACAAAAUAGAUGAAAAGAUCUGUCUCAAGUAAUAUCAAAAGUAAUCAAAAGGAACUGGUUAUUGAGUGAAAUUUGUGUACAUGAAUGUAUUAUAUAAUGAUUAGUUUAUAUAUUAUUGAUUAGGAAUGGAGUACAGUACUUUACUCAGUCCUUCAUCAAAAUAAUUAUACUAAUGUGUCAGGAUAAUCUAGGCCUCGAAGAAUCAUAUUUUCUUAGUCUUUUCUAUGUAAACUUGGAGAAGUAUAUAGCACCUACAGUAAUUACCUGUAACUUUCAAAACUAUAUACACAUUUUUUUUUUUUUUUUUUUUUUUUUUUUUUUUUUUUUUUUUCCUCCCAUAUUACUACUACUGGGUAUUAUCAUUUACUUUUUCUUAGCUUUCUUGAUCUCUUUCUUUCAUGUUUUCUUUUCCACAUUUUUCAUGGUCAAAGAUGUGAAAAUCAGAUCCAGCAAAUUUUCAGAGUAUUUGAUUGAAGAAGAUGCAGUCAACUGUGAACUUCGUAAAAAGUUUUAUUUAUCUAGUUAUUUUUUCUUCUUCUUUUUCUUCUUCUUUUUUCAUAUUUUAUAUUUUUGCAAUGAGUGUAAGUUGCGCACAGAUUUAUUAGAAGAGAGUAUAUAGCAAUAUAGCCCUGAUUUUAUUGAUGUAUACAUUUGUAUUAUACACUUUUUUGUUAUGUUCUACAGUUAUGGAAAGUGUCCAGGUCAGAGCACUUGAGGGAUUAGUGCAUGGAAAUUAGUCCUCAAAUAAGACACUGUUCAGAAGUGGCGUGCUGAUUUUUGUUCUUUAAACUUUCAUUGUCAGUACCAAUGCAUUGCAUAGUACUUUAACCUACAAUCAUUGCAUAAGUUAGUAUUACCUAUUGAGCUUUGGAACUAGUUUUAUGCCAGUAGUGCACUCUUGGCAGUAGAGAUAUUCAACAACUUGUAGGAACUGCUUGUCAUGAUAUACCGUCCCUCUAGUGCUCUUUCAAAUUUAAAUUUGGAAGUUGAGUGAUUCAGACUGUUUGUAGAAUAUACCAAGGGCGUGAUUGAGCAUUUCACUCCAAAUGGUUGAUAGAUUAUUUGAUUAUGACUUCGUACUGAACAGCAAUUAGUACUUAAGCUGAUAUUCAUGUGUCCCUGGUAGAGGUAUAGUAAGGCUGCAAGUGCCUGUAGAUACGACGGAUGGGAAGAUUGUCUUUACAGUUUAUUUAUUGGCUUAUCUGGCACUGUUACUGCUUUCAACCCCAGUGACUAUGGCAUACAUUAGUUUAGACUACUGUAUCAGUUUCCAAUGAUGUGUGUGUAAGUUAGGUUAGUUUUAAAAAAGUUCUCCUGAAAGUACAAAAUUACCUGGGGAUCACUGAGCAAUGUUGCCGACAAGGUUCCUGUAGCGCUUGGGGAAUUUCACCAGUUGUAGUGAUGUUCAGUGGCUCUUGUUGGCUUAGUUGUAAAAUGCAUUGUAAAAUGAAUAUGUUUUUGUUAAAACUUGACAUUAUUAUCUGAAGCUGAAUAUUUCUAACACGCACAUCCACAGGCAUAGUGCAAUUCUUGAUAAAGAAAAGUUGGUAUGUAUUGCUUACAAGUAUUAAACCAGAAACUAUUAGUCUAAUUGCUCUGUAAAUUAGUAUCAUAGAAUGCCAAUAAGGUGAGUGAUUGGGACUUCUUCAGUGUUUCUUGUGCAUAUUCUACCUGCCCCUUUACAGCCUAAAGAAAGAUUUAGUUCAGUAUUGAAACCGAUUGUGUAGAACCUUUAAAGUGUCUACAUAAUUAUUCUUGUUUACCAAAGACUUUCACAAUAUGAGUCCAUAAUUUUUGUUUAAGAAAUACAUAAAACUUCAUUUAUAUGUUUUUCUUUUUCUGACUUUUUUCUUGUAUUUCUUUUUCUUUUUUCCCCUUGCCCUAAAUUCAGAAAGGUUGAAUAAAAGCAGGUAGUAUAUGACUGUAUCUGUAUCUUUUGAGAAAUGUGAAUUUUGUGUAUAGUGCUUCAGCUUCUUUAAGCCCUGGUUUUGUUUAGCAUUCAUAGAAAUACUCUAAUUUUCUUUUCCUAGUUCACAUUACAUGACAGUUUGGUCUUCUCAGAACCUAUAUUUAAGAAAAUGGGAAAAAUGCAAAAAAAAAAAAAAAGUAUAUAUAUAUAAAUAUAUAUAGCUGGUGAAAAGAAAAAAAUAUGAUCUCCCUUGCUUCCUAUUGCUGGCAUGAGUGCAUUGCUAUGAUCGAGAAAUGGAAGAUAGUACAAGUCUCUUGAAGUACACAUAAUUGUUUGCUGACACGAGGGAUAUAUUGGAUUGGUUAUAUACUUCAGUGUCUCCAAUAUCUAAAAUUGGUGCUGAGGCCUUAUAGAAUAUUCCAGAAUUCUGAACUGAAACAAUAUUUGGUGUGUCAAUGCAAUUCACAUUUCUUUUUCAGUUUCUUGUUCUUAUUUGACAUGCAUCUUUGUUUGGGAGUGUGUAUGUGUGUGUGGCUCUGCACACACACUAGAUGUGCAAUGUAAAUCAACAAAAUAUAUUUAGAGAAACACUGUA